AUGGCCUCUGAAUUCCUCAGAAGACUUUACACCAAAGGGUUUGAGCCAGUCCCGGAUAAAAGCAUCGGCUAUUACGCUGAUGAUUAUAGGCUGGUCCCUGCACUAAAGUCAGCUCUAGAGGAGGAUGAAUGGGAAGAGAUUUACGAGUCACCGUUGGGUGUCUUUUUAAAUUUCCACGAGUUGGAUUUUGGUUGGGCUUCUAGGCUGGUGCACCACAUGCUGACCUUUCAGAUAGUUUGCAAGCAGAGGUACGAGAUAUGGAGCCUCAUUGGUACCACUCCAAUUCGGUUUUCAUUGCAUGAGUUUGAGGAGAUCACCAGACUCAACUGCGGGUACGUGGAUGACUUGGCUUUAACUGAUCUUGCGCUUGAAGAUGACACGCGUGCAUUUUGGGAGCUAAUGGGGGUCGAUGCCGAGUUGGGCCCAAGCACUACCGAAAUUAUCAAAGCCUGUUCCAACUGCUCAUCAUGGUCUCGUGAUGAUAGGCUGCGGUUGGGUUAUCUUGGGAUCUACGCUGGUUUCAUAGUGGCAACGAGACCCGGCUCAUCCACAAAUGUCAACCAUGCCAGACUAGUGAUGGAUCUCGAAGGUUUUAAGGAGUUUCCAUGGGGAAGAAUUGCUUUUCAGCAUUUGAUUAAUUCUGUUAAGGAGAAAGAUCUCAGCAAAAACAUUCAUAUAGAAGGAUUUGUGCAAGCUCUUCAAGUGUGGGUGUACUAUGCUCUACCGGAUUUUGCUGCUGAAUUUGGCGAACCAUUGCCAAAUGCUCGCAUACAGUGCUGCGUGGCUAAGAACUUGGCGGAUAUGUUUCCCGUGUGGGAUGAUGACGAACAGGAUCCAGAUAUUGUCAAGAUUGUCAAUGCACUCCAUGACCCCAAUUUCAAGUUCUCAAAAAACCAUUGGCCUUUGGAAGGUGUUUUGGGUGCACACAUCGUCAAGUCAGAAGCCGGAAAGAGGAGCCUUCCCUCAGAUGAAUCAAGUCGCAAGAGAUCCCACACAGCCUCUGCAUCUGCCGCAUCAUUCGUUGGUGAUGAAGGGGUCGGAGUUGUCGCUACUAUGAAAGCGCACUUCGACCAAUGCUUCAAAAGCUUUUCAACCAAGAUGCUGAAUGGUCUUGGUAGCUGUGAAAAGCAGAUCAAACUUCUCACCGAGAAGGUUGAAUCUGUAGAGUGUACGGUAGAAGAGUUGACUACGGGGUCGGUGAAGCACACUGAGGAAGAGCCAACCCAGCAGCAGGGCACUGGAUCCAAGAAGCAUGAAAGGAGUAAUUCAGAGAAAGAUGAUGCUCCGAUGAAAGCUAAUGUCAACGUUGGUGCGUGUGAGAGUUAUAACGCCCCCGAGGAUGCAAAAGGAAAGAAGGCUGCCGUGAAUGAAGAAGAGGCCCCAGAGCCUAGUAUUUGUGAAAUUGACCCGAAGACGUGUGAUGUAGACUUCGACGCGGUUGUACUUGCCAAAAAUGCCAAAGCCUGA